CGCUGACGUCACAGAGAGGUAGCCAUUUUCCCAGUCACGGAGCUGUCUGGUGUGACAGGAGCGUUGUGGAUUAUCCCGGGGUGGAGACCGAGCCGGGUCUCCCACUUCAGCGAGGAGUUCGCUUCACACGGGUUUUGAGAUGUUUUCACUCUCCACAUUUCAGCCGCAGGUAACGGUCCCUCUAAGUCAGCUGAUCAGCACCUUCCAUUCACUUAAAAGCUCAGCAACCUCAGUUAGUUCUGCAUCCAUACAGUGUCUCCAGCGAGAGAAACCACAAGAGCAUGAUCAAGUGAAUGAGCCUCUGGGUAACUUAAGGGAUUUUGGACUGUCUGAUUUAAAAACCAGCCACCUGGAUGAAUUGGUUAGCAGAUUACUUCCAAGUUUGUCGCCAAUUGAUUCAAACUCUGGUUCAUCCCAGUGGAAAAUAUCUCAUGUUUCAUCACAGUCCUUCUUUGAAAAUAAACAUGGAUUUUCAAACAAUAUCUUCAAAGUGUUGCGUACAGCUCAGCUCUCUCAACAACAUUCACCAUUUCUAUCAACCUUCUGUUCCAGUCUUCAUCUGUCGCCAUUCCGCGAGCAGAGUCGAGGCUUUAAAACACUGAGAUCGAGAGCAAGGAGACCUGUAGCAACCGAGAAUGCAGCUGAAGCAGAGAGUAUUGCUCCUUCAUUUAUGAAGGGACUUCUAUUGAGAGACCGAGGCAGAGAAGUUGAGAAUUUGGAGAGUUUGAUUAAAACAAAAAAUAUUCCAGAGGCUCAUCAGGAUGCAUUUAAAACUGGUUUUGCAGAGGGCUUCCUAAAAGCACAAGCUCUCACACAAAGGACAAAUGAUUCUUUAAGAAGAACAAGACUGAUUCUUCUGUUCCUUCUGUUGCUUGGAAUUUAUGGUCUGUCCAGGACACCAUUCUUAUCUGUGCGAUUUCGUACUACAUCAGGACUAGAUGCGGCAGUGGAUCCUAUUCAAGUGAAGAAUGUCACAUUUGAACAUGUGAAAGGAGUAGAAGAGGCAAAAAAUGAACUACAAGAAGUUGUAGAAUUUUUGAAAAACCCUCAGAAGUUCACCGUGUUAGGUGGCAAGCUACCUAAAGGCAUUCUUUUAGUUGGACCUCCUGGAAAUGGGAAAACUCUCCUUGCAAGAGCAGUCGCUGGUGAAGCUGAUGUACCAUUCUAUUAUGCAUCAGGAUCCGAAUUUGAUGAAAUGUUUGUUGGUGUUGGAGCUAGUAGAAUUAGGAACUUGUUUAGAGAGGCAAAAGCAAAUGCACCCUGUGUAAUUUUUAUUGAUGAACUCGAUUCUGUGGGUGGAAAGAGAAUUGAAUCACCCAUGCAUCCAUAUUCCAGACAAACCAUAAAUCAACUACUUGCAGAGAUGGAUGGUUUCAAGCCCAAUGAAGGUGUCAUUAUUAUAGGAGCUACAAACUUUCCUGAAGCUUUGGACAAUGCUCUUGUCCGUCCAGGUAGAUUUGACAUGCAAGUUACAGUUCCCAGACCAGAUAUUAGAGGACGAGUAGAGAUUCUUAAGUGGUAUCUUGACAAAGUUAAAGUUGACCCAGCAAUUGAUCCAGAAAUUAUAGCCAGAGGCACAGUGGGUUUCUCGGGAGCAGAACUAGAGAAUUUGGUUAACCAGGCUGCUCUGAAAGCAGCUGUUGAUGAAAAGGAUCAAGUUACAAUGAAAGAGUUGGAAUUUGCCAAGGACAAAAUCCUUAUGGGUCCAGAGCGCAAAAGCAUUGAGAUUGAUGCAAAAAACAAAACAAUUACAGCAUACCACGAAUCAGGGCAUGCUAUAGUGGCACAUUAUACAAAGAAUGCUAUGCCUAUUAACAAAGCAACCAUAAUGCCAAGAGGACCAACCCUGGGACAUGUUUCAUUAUUACCGGAAAAUGACAGAUGGAGUGAAACCCGAGCUCAGUUACUUGCUCAAAUGGAUGUUAGCAUGGGUGGUAGAGUAGCAGAAGAACUCAUCUUUGGAACAGAGCAAAUCACCACAGGUGCUUCAAGUGAUUUUGACACUGCCACCAAAAUAGCAAAAUUGAUGGUCACAAAAUUUGGAAUGAGUGAUAAGCUAGGAGUGAUGACGUACUCGGAUCCAGAAAAAGUGAGCCCAGAUACUCAAUCUGCAAUUGAACAAGAAAUCAGAGUAUUAUUGCGGGAUUCUUAUGAACGAGCAAAAAAUAUCUUGAAGACUCAUGCAAAAGAACACAAAAAUCUAGCAGAAGCUUUACUGAAAUAUGAGACAUUGGAUGCCAAAGAGAUACAGAUGGUUCUUGAGGGAAAGCGGCUAGAACUAAAAUAACUUCUUCAUUUGAAGCAGACUUAGUCACUGCUAUAGUAACCUAGAUGUGUAUAUACGUGGAAGAGCAGUAGUGCACUAAAUUAAAACGUAAGUUUUAAUUCUGAGGACAUUAUUAUUGGUAUUUUCAUAAUUACAAAAUGCUAAUUCAAACAAUGGAAUUACAUAAUCUGUUAUUUUAAAUCACAGUUAAACUAUUCUCAAUUUUAAGCAAUUCUACAUAAUACUCUGUUUAGUGUAAGUAUAAAAUCAGACGAGAAACAGUAAACAUUAUUCCUUUGACUGUUUUUCCUUCUGUAAUUUCAGUUUAUUUAUGUAUACAAAUGAGUUACAUUUGAGUGCUUCCCAAAACAAUUAAAAUUGAAUGCAAUGCUGCAGUGCUGCUUUCAUCGUUGCAUCAUUCGAGUGUCCAUCUAUGUAUAUCCAUUUGUUGCUGGGUAAAUCUUUCAUUCUUGUGUUCUCAAAAUUUAUAAUGUUAGUAAAAAAAUAAAUAAUUCUGCAAUGGUGCAUAACCUACAAAAUAAUUGGUUGAAUCAUCACCAGCAUCUAGCAUUGUAUUGAUUAACCAGGGGUCCAGGGAUGUGCGGACUGAAAAAGAUGCUUCUCCUUUUUCCUGCACGAUAAAGUGCACUGUAGGAACUGGAAACCAAGCAAUGUAUAGAAAGCUUAUUGGUUAUCCUUGAACAUAAACAGUAAGAACUUACUGUUAAUCUUGAAGCUUUUUGAGAUUUCUGUUUACACCUAAAAUAAAGAGAUCUUGUGUGACUU